GAUGAUUCUGUAUGGCCAGGAGCAUGAUGGUGGUGGCAUGUUCCUUGGUCCCUGCCAAGCACGUGGGACAGGAACUGUCUCCUAGUGUGUUUUCGUGCAGCUGGUGAGCAGCACAAGGUGCUGCGAGGACUCAUCACUAUGGCUGGAUUGCUAAAACUGGGGAGAAUGGGGCCUGACAGGGGAGUCCUGUUGUAGGAUUUGAGGAUGGCUGUGGUGAUUCAGUGGGUCACGCUGGUUGCAGGUCUUGCAGAGCUGAUGCUGGAGGAUCACUUGGGCCUGCUGCAACACUGGCUGAGCUGCACCCCAUGAGGAUGGAACAGCGGAUGCCUCUCACUCUUGAGGGACGAUCUGAAAUGGAUAAGUACCUCUCCAACCAGAUGCCCCCCAUCCCCAUGAUACCAGACAAGAAAUACCGCCGGGAGAGUGCCUCUGUGGUAGAUGAGUUCUUCUCAACAGAGAAACCCACUUCCACGCCUUACAGCGUGAACAUCAAUGUGAUCCUGCCCGACACCACGCACUUACGCACUGGACUUUACCGAUCCCCCAAACCCAUGGCACCAUUCACGCAGAUCAAGACGGAGCCUGGCACCAGCUUCUCCCAGCCUUGCUCUUCCACAUCAGGCUCCACGCAGACCCUGCCUGACUUCACCAGUGUCUUUAGCAUGCCCCAGUCAGUGGCAGUCAACAACAUCUUCAUCAAGCAGGAGAUGCCUUCUGAUAUCUCGCUAUCCAGCAGUUCACAGCAAGCCCAGUUUUAUCAGAUGCCUCUUGGCAAUGGCAACGCUGAUCUUACCAACCUGACGCCCUCCUCAAACAGCACCACAGCCAUUAACAGCCUCAAUGGUGUCACCAUGUCCACAGGUAACGCCAUGUCCAGUGUGCUUCACAGACAUGUCCAGGCUGGAGGGCCAGUUAAGCAGUACCCACAUGUCUCCCAAGGACAGGAAAAUUUCAACAUCUCAGGGCAGUUCUAUUCUGUGCCAGGGGUGAACCUGCCACCUUCACCCCCCAACUCGCAGCCUGGCAGCCCAGAAAAUCAACCAGAGCUCAUCAACACCAUCUCUCCCCCACCAUCCUAUGAAGCUACUUUUGGACUGAAGCUGGUCCAGUCAUCCCAGGUCCCUCCAGUCCCCAGCAGCCUUGGAACCCUCUGCCAAGGGCACACUGUCAUGCAGACCCUCAAAUAUAACAGACGCAACAACCCUGAGCUGGAGAAAAGGAGGAUCCAUCAUUGUGAUUACCCAGGUUGCACGAAAGUGUAUACCAAGAGCUCCCACCUGAAGGCACACCAAAGGACUCACACAGGUGAAAAGCCCUACAAGUGCACCUGGGAUGGCUGUGACUGGCGCUUCGCCCGCUCCGAUGAGCUGACCCGGCACUACCGCAAGCACACAGGUGCCAAACCCUUCAAGUGCCUGGCCUGUGGCCGGUGCUUCUCUCGUUCUGACCACCUGGCACUGCACAUGAAGCGGCACCAGAACUAGGGACUGCCUCUAUUGCUGUGUCUCCAAGGGCAGCUGGGACUCUUCUUCGAGGGGACCUCUCCUCCACUUGUACAUAGGAACAACCCCGUGCUGUGAUCAACUGGCAGGACAGAAGGUGAAUCCCACCCCCACCAUUUCUGGUUUUAAAACAGAUACCAUUAAAAAAGAAUGAUAAUUACA